CCCGUCUAUUGCAUAGACUAAUACCUCUCCCAGUCACCGCAAUGGCCGAAUCCAACGACUCCAUUGUCCCCCGGGCCACCAAGCCCGUCAGCGAGGCCUUGCUGAACGAGAAGUGGGAUCGCGCCAUCUCCUCCAUGAUCAUCCGCUCCUCUCUCGGCCUGUCCUUCGGUGUCGUCUUCUCCGUCCUCCUGUUCAAGCGCCGCGCCUGGCCCGCCUGGGUCGGUCUCGGUUUCGGUGCCGGUCGUGCUUGGGAGGAAGCUGACUCUUCGUUCCGCCGGGGCGACUCCCCCGUUAGAGAUGCACUGCGUAGGUAGAUUGCGCUGGGUUCAGCUUUGACACUGUGUAUGAUACCUGUAGAGCUGGGGG